AAGCGAAAUUUUAGUUGUGCUCGCGAUAUGCCGAGACUCAAGCGUCUUGUGUUUCGAGAAUAACACUUUUCUUAUAAAUCUCUCUACAUUUUACAACAAAUGUACCAACCUUAAUUUAAUUCAGUAACAUUUAAUAUUUAUUUACCAGAACCCAAAAUACUGGUAGCCAAUAAACAGCAUACCAAGCAGAGUAAUCACAGUACCUAUUAAUAAUGAAUGGUUUAAAAGUGCUGGUGCGCCGGAUGAGUCAGAGCAAGAAGUGGGAGCCGCUGGCGAGGGUUGGCAUCCUCGGGGUACCCUUCGAGAAGGGACAGAAGAAGUACGGUGUCAGCGUCGCUCCUGCCGCCCUGAGGUGCGCCGGGCUCGUCGAACAACUGAGGCAGAUCGAGGGUCUCGACGUAAAAGACUUCGGCGACGUGGACAUCCCCAAGUCCCCGCCGAGCGCGCGUGUGGACAACAUGGAGCAUCUGGAGCAGGUGUCGGCGUGCGCGCAGGCGCUCUCUACUCGCGUCGCCGAGGUGCUGAGAGAUGGCAGGGUCGUCGUCACUAUUGGCGGAGACCAUUCUAUUGGAGUUGGCUCGGUAGACGGCCACUACAAAGUGAACGAAGACAUGAUCCUGAUCUGGGUAGACGCGCAUGCCGACAUCAACACCAACGAGACCUCAGACUCCGGGUCUGUCCACGGCAUGCCGGUGGCGCUGCUGUGCCGGGAGCUGUCCGACUACUGGCCCUACCUGCCCACCAUGGACUGGCAGGUGCCAAGAUUUUCAAUCAAAAACCUUGGCUACAUAGGUUUACGCUCAGUCGACAGUUAUGAACGAUUAGCGAUAGAGAAAUAUAACAUACCAACAUUCGCGAUGGAAGACGUCGACACGCACGGCAUCAAGAGCUCGGUGCAGCACGUGCUGCAGCAGCUGGACCCGCGCGGGGAGAAGCCCAUCCACGUCAGCUUCGACAUCGACUCGCUGGACGCGCUCGAGGCGCCCAGCACCGGCACACCAGUCCGCGGCGGGCUAACCCUGCGCGAAGGCAUCAACAUGAUGGAGACAAUCUACGCCACGGGGCGGCUGCGAGCCGUGGACCUGGUGGAGAUAAACCCGGCCAUCGGCACCGACACCGACCGCCGGCACACUAUCGACGCCGGCCUGAGCAUCCUCAAGGCGGCCCUGGGGGCGCCCAGGCGGGGGACCGCGCCUAAGGGCGUGCUCGACUUGCCCAAGCCGACAACGGCGUAAUAAGUCUUGUUGGGUUUUGUCGGCGUAGUCGUAAGUUUGAAUAAGGCAAAUAAAAAGAUCAAAAAUUGCGUGA